UUUCUGCCGAUCGAUAAAGCUCGCGAACACCUUCCGAGGGGAAGAUAGCUUGUAAUAGUCUGAAGGAUACACCGAUAAAAGGAUACCGGUUUCGUACGGAGAUGGACUGUCUCACUAGUUUUAUCUUGGGAAUAGUUCUGAUGACUGUGGUGCUGGCAGCUGCUGACCCAUGCGCAAAUUUGAAAAAAAUAAGAACGUGCAACGAGACACAAUACGAGACGUAUCGUCAGUGUGUGGAAGAGGUUAAAUUACUACGACAAAAGAGACAAUCGGUGUGUCCUCAGAUUGUUGUUCAAUCACAACUCUAUCGAGAUCGGCAAGACCCUAGAGAACAUGACAAAUCUGUUAAACUCAACUCAGACGACAUCGUGAUGCCCUCGAUUCAUGUGAUCCCUGCUUUGGAAAGUGUAGUUCCAGUUGAGCCUAUCGAUUCCAAUGACAUUCCUGGAUAUGAGCCUCCAGAUAUGGCUUUGAAAACAAAGAAAAGAAAAAUAAUUUUUCAAGGUGACGAAGGAGAAAAAGUUGAAUAUCAGGUACCAACUAAUGUUACAACUGUUAUUCGUUUGACGAAUGUGGUGAACAAUACCAACAUUGUAAAUGUCCCCACACAUGUUAACACAACCAAUGUCAACAAUAUUCACAUUUAUUCGAAUGUAACCGAAAGCGAAACUCGAUCGGAACAAACGAAAUGCUGCACUGCCGUUCGUCCAAAAACUUGUUACGCGUCUACGCAGGGGUUCAGGUGUCAGCACAAAAAGUUUCAAACAUGUGGUCCACAGUGCACCUCAGACAUAAUCCAUGUGCAACGGAGAAAACGUUGCGAUCAAUAUGGGAAUUGUAAGGACAAAGUUGCCUAUGUUCCUCAGCCCGAGAAACCGAAAUGUGUUUACAUUGACCAGUGGCCAUAUGUAGCAUGCGGCAAGCCAGCCAACAUGAAGGUAAUCUGCGAUGGAUGUUACGAUCAUUACGGGCGAGGCAUUCAAGCCCACGAUAGACCAGUGGCGAAUCAGUGUAGAGGUUGUUAUGACGACGGAUUCGAUCUUGGUCCUAUGUAUCGAAGGGGACCAGUUCUGAGACCGUUUCACUACCAUGAGCCGCCAUGUUAUAUUACGGGAUCCUGUCCGGCGACGUUUGAUGAUUGUGGGUACGGAUGUUAUGGCCACGAAAUGGUAGACCCAGCUUGGGGCCAACCUUCUCCGUAUGAUCCUGAAUUCGAUGAUGCGAAUACUGCAUUUUACGACAACGACUUUCAAGAAUCCAAUGACACGGAAUCCGAUUGGGGAAUCCCAGUGCAUAAGUGUACGGUUGUUUCCGAAGACAAUAAAAUUACUGUGCAGAACUGUACUGAUUCGGCUUCCAACCAAUAUGCUGCUGUGCCAUCAAACUAUCCGUAUUAUAAACCACUGCACAUGGUUCAUCGACCAGGAAGUCAGAGCUCCAAAUACAGGGUCAAGCAAACUAUGCGGAGGCACAGUGUGGCAGUAGAACCUGACGAUAAUGAUCCUUCGUCCGGCGAAGGCUCGGUCAUUGUCAAUUCCGAUGUAUCUUUCAUCGUGGAAGAUGAUGAGAAUGAGGAUUAUAGUUUGUAAGAUAAUUUUGUGGAUUUGUGAGAAAUUGUGUUCAUAUCAUAUGUGGUAAGUGUACU